GAGCAGCCAAUAUACUCGACUCCGUGCUGCUGCUCUGUGUGUGCUCUCUUCAGUGUUCAGUAUCGCAUUAACCGCCGUGGUGUGCUCGCGAGUGAGCGCGAGUUUGUUACGCUACGAAGCACUGUUUGCAGCUGCGAUCCGCUCCGAAAUACAAAAACCGGCGGCGUCGGUAGUGUUCCAUUACGCGGUGUGACUCUUGUGUCGAUUCGCACUACCAUGAACGAGUGAAUCUUCGCCGGCGAGUGCGUGCGUGCGUGCGUGCACGCGCGCGUGUGUUUUUGCGGCGAAUCGACUGCGAAGCUGUAGCGGACGCCCGACUCCAUUUCACUGGAAUGGCGAACGCUGCCGGCCUGGAAGUACGAGAAUCCGGCCGAGCUUUGAGCUUUCACACGGACUCGCCUCAUCUUGUAUCUACCGGCAGCGGAAGACUCUCGACCACCGUCACGCUUCAUCCGCUACCCGAAGGUCGCAUAAUCUUGGGUUCGAGUCGCGAGGCUGACAUUCAGCUUGGCGGCACUGGAGUGGAGUUAGUGCACUGCAUUAUCGAGAAUGCCGGAGGCUUGGUCACGCUUCAUCCACUCAGCGGAAACACGUGCGUCGACGGACUGCCGAUCGCUGCCCCGCUGCGACUCACACAAGGCUGCAUGCUAACGAUAGGUCGCUCGAACUAUCUACGUUUCAAUCAUCCAGCCGAAGCUAAGCAUUUGAAAGCAGUACUGCCAAAUUCACGAAUCUCCAUGGCGCCAAUGAUGACCUUUGCCAACGGCCAUCAUCAUCAUCAUCAUCAUCAUCAUCAGCAAGACGGCAGUAACAAGGUAUCAGCACGUAAUUCCGGUUGCUCGGACGAGGAAAUCAAUUUCCUGGGCAAGCUCACCAAAUUCGAGAUGUUGUCACGGCAAGCUCGCAGCGCCAACUGUGUAUCGCCAAAGGUCUUUCCAUCUGGUGCUCUCACCACAAACGUGCCCGCCGACCAAAUACUUGGACAUUCGAGGUCGUCGAGCCUCGCCUCGCUAACCAGAAGCAGUGCUUCCAGUCCCUUUCAGAAUCUCACCAAUUUGGACAGGUGCCAGAACAACGACGAGCGCAAGCAGUGCAGCCUACCGGUCACUAUAAACCGCACGUACUCGCCGAACCAAAACAGCAUUUAUCAGAACGUCAUUCACAACAACCGCAACCCCUCCUCCCAUAAUCAGCAACAACAACAGCAACAACGGCAUCAAACUUGUUCUCGCGGUACCUACCAGCAGCAGCAACAGCAGAGGGUAGCUUCCCAAGAAUUAGAUGGCAGUAACGAUGAGAAUCGUAACAACUUACUAACCAAUGGAUAUUCGUCGGAUCUGAUGACGCGAAGUUUGACGUGCCAGAGGAGCUGUGAUCUUGAACAGUUCAGUCGUGAGUUUGACAUGAGUCAGAGCUUAAUCGUUGCUAAAACGACCACCCAUACGGAGUUCUUGCAACUCGAAAAGAUCGGCUCCAGUCCCAUUGUGCCGUGCCAUCGCAGGGCUGGCUCCUGUGAUUCGCAAAAUCCACAAUGCUUCAGUCCGCAGCCGAGCAUGCGGCGCAUUCAAGCGCCCUCGUCGGCGUACGAUCGUGAUCCGGGCGGCAAAUACGGUACUCUGUAUGGGCGCAUCAGAAGCCCGCGUCCGCAGCAAGCUGCGCACCCAGCGCCAGCAGUGGACGACGAUUGCGAAGAGGCGAGCGCGAUGGAAAAGUACGAGCAGGAGGUGGCGACCGAGGACCGCAGGCGGCAGGCGCAAGCGGAGCGCGUGCGCGAGCAGGAGCAGAAGCGCCAGGAGAAGCUCAGGCUGGAGGAGAUUCUGGCGAUGUGCGCCGAGUACGAGAGGCAAAGCCACGCCACGGCCGACAAACCGCAGAACGGGAGCUGCAAAACGAAUGGGACACUUACGCGUGACAAGAGGUCGAAUUCACCACCGACCUAUGAGAAUAUCCAACAGGUCACGACGCCCAACAACAAUUGUACACCGAAGUGGCCAACAGAAACAAGGCAGAAUGUGAUUAAUGGCACAACACCGGUGACAAACCCAGCAGUACCGGAAAAAUCGACGAAACCACCGGUACACCAUUAUGAAAAUUUCCGACCACGCGCCAACGGCAACCUAAGCAUCUACGAGAACGUGAGCACGAGCAACAACAACGCCAGCAACCCGAACAACAUGAGCCUGCCGAGGCCAAAGAAAAAAGCAGCAACGCGCGAGAUAACGAUCGACAACAAGCUGGACGUGUCGAACGACGACUUACUCGAGGCGAUCGAGCAGCUGUCGAUGCUGUCGAAGCCACGGAAUUCCGGUGGAUUACUCACGACAACGACGACGGCAGCGACGACGCCUAAGAGGAUCAACAGCGAGUGCGACAAUGCCAAGUCCAAUGAGGCCAAGGCCGACAAGGAGAGGAAAGUCCUUGAGAAGGAAGACCGCAAGAAGUACAUCGAAUUCCUGCAGAACGAGAAGCAGCAUAUACUGGGCAAUAUGGACGGUUUCAAGCGAAGCGUUGCGGAUAUUGAGACGCAGGAGGAAGAGAUUAAUCGAGAGCUGGAACUGGAAAAAGCUCUGCUCUCGGCGGAAUACGAGUCGGAAUCUCUUAAACUGGAGCAAGAGGAAGGCGAGUUAUCGCGACUCCAAGUGAAAAUCAACGAGCUCGAGGACGAGAUGAGCGAGAAGAGCACGUCGCAAGCGCAAAUGCAAUCGGAAGCGCGUCAACGCGUGUCGAGAGCGCAGCAGUCCGUGGCGCGAUUAGAGGAGGAAUUGGCCGAGGCGCGGGGCCGCGACGACGAGAGGGACAGCGACCUCGCCGACAGGCUGGCCGCGCAAACGGAUCUCCUCGAGACCGAGAGGAAGGCGUUCGAGGACCUGGAGUUUCACCACCUGGAAGAGGAGGCGAGCAAGCUCGCCGCCCGCGAGGAGUUGCAGAGACACGUGAGCGAGCUAACGACCAAAAUCGAGAGCCGGAAGUUACAGUUGAGCCAGCUGGAGGCGCAGCGCAACGACAUCAAGAAUGCAGUCACGAAGGAAGCCAAAAGUCUGGAGAGGCAGAAGCUUGCGCACUUGCGUCGGCUCGAGGAGGGUCGCAAUAGAGUACGAGCGAUAGACGACGAGCUGGACGCUUUAGCGAAAAACCUCGCCGACAAUCCGGACGAGAAGCGCUCGCCUAGUCGCGAGGAUUUCGACAGGAUAUCCAGGGUAACGAAUGACUCGCCCAUAGUCAAUAACCAAGGCAGCCUCGGCAGAAAGACCAUCGAAUCGCUCAAGGAAAUCGAACGCAAUCGACAGCUUCACCUGGCUAAACAAGGCAGCCAAGUGAUUUCGGAAGAGAGACGCCGGGUGGAGGAGCUGAAACGCCGCGUUCAGGACGAAGUUCGCUCGCAGUGGGAGGAGAGGAAAAUGAAUUGCACGUCGUUCAAUAGCGUGGAGUCGGGCGAGGAGUCUUCUAGCUACUCGACUGGACCAACCGAAAGUGGUAGCGGAAGCAGCGACGGCGCGGAGAACGGCACCACGGAUAAAUUGUCUCCAGGCAAACUGUCGGAAUUCACCUCGGCCGGCAGUCCUGGGCCGUCGAGCAACUCUUACUCUCUGCUACCUAGCGACGACGCGAGAAACGACAGGCCAACGUCAAUGGAGACGGAGAGAUUCAGCGGGAACGGAAACGGGACUAUUGACGAGAACGGCAGCCGACCUCUGUCGCAAACUUCCAGCGAAUUGGAUUCUCUCAGUCCAAUGCAAGUCAAGCACCGGGACAAGCCCAAGUUGCAGAGACCUUUGACAAGAUACUUGCCAAUAAAGUCUGAGUCUCUGGAUCUGAGGCACCACAUCGAGACAGCAGGUCACCAACUGCCGCUAAUCCACGACGUGACGGUCGACGUAACGAGUUGCUCCGGAUAUUUAUCCAAGAUGAGCAAGAAAUUUCAUCAUUGGAACAAGCGCUGGUUCGUGUUCGAUAGAAAGGAAAAAUCGUUAUCAUAUUACAGCGAUCAUAACUCGAGGAAACCGCGUGGAGUCAUUUACUUCCAGUCUAUCGAACUCGUUUACGUGGAUCAUAUGAACAGCGUCAAGUCACCACAACCAUCCUUGACUUUUGUUGUCAAGACUAAAACGAGACUUUAUCACCUGAUGGCUCCUAGUCCCGAAUCCAUGCGCGUUUGGGUGGACGUCGUAUUCACUGGGGCUGAAGGAUACCACGAAUUCGAUCCGAGCUUAUGAUAAAAGCGUUCUUUUCUUUUUUUUCUUUUCUUUUUUUUUACUAAUUGUACAUUGAAAAUUCGGUAGCAGCUAUGUGUAUGAAAAGUUUGAAGACUUGAUUAUUUCAACUUCCACAAGAGACAAAUAUCACUGUUUCUUUUUAUUUUCCUUUCUUUUUAUUAAUAUAAUCAUUAAAUUUGCCAAGAAAACGCAAUUUUAAGCAGGUGCCAAUAUAAUGUAAUUAAAUUUAAGGGCAUUAAUUAAGAUUGAUCAGACUCAAGGACAUCUCAAGUAGUUUUACAGCUCUUAAUCUAGUCUUCCAACAUAGAUCAAGAAUUGGCAAAAAAAUGGGAGAAGUCUGAGGAUGUUUUGGAAAUUGCAAGACUUUUUAAAAAUUUGUACAUAUAAAGAGAUUUGAUUGCUUUUUUAAACCAAGUCAAGUCUUGCUUCUAAUUGUGGGGAACUGAGACUGAUUUCGAGGAUAAAAUGCAGGCUAUUACUGAAUUGUGUCUUUGAUUAACUAGGUGCAGACGUGCCAGACAAUACACCAAAGUGCAUUUAACAUAGGUAGACAUUCUGUUAGCUCAUCAAAAUAGUUCAAUCAUGUUUUGCAAUCACUACAAAUCAAAUUUUACAUCAAACACUAAUUUUUUUUCAUCAUGUAGGGAGUAACAUUUUAAUAAUGAAUAUGUUAUUUUAUCUUGCCUCUUUCACUAGAAAAAGGUUUUCGAGAAGUUAAACCAAUUAAGAUUAUAUUUGUCAUUUAUUACUUAAACUUAUGAGAUUUUUUAUAAGUUCUCUUUUUUAUGCGUAUUUUAUGCAUAACAUUUUUUCUGAUUUGGCAUACACCAAAUUCAGAAUUUUCCAAAUAAAAACUAUGUAUUUGAUAAUUG